CGUCUCCCUCUCUCUCCCCAUUCUCACACACAUCUCCCCUAUCUUUCCUUUCCCAUCUCCUCUCUACUUCACCUUCUCCGCCCAAAUCUUCCUUCAUUUCUGUCAAUUCUUCAUUCACUUUCGCCGCCACUCUUUACCAGUUCAACAUCCACCAGCUUCGUCCCUCUUCAACGAUUUUUGAUCGCCAUUCCAGUUAUAUGAGAGAUUUACAACAAAUUAAAUGCUCCGGAGGAUGUGGUGGUCAAGCCAGAGAUCCGCCACGGCCUCACCGGAAUAGGCCACGGAAGCAGCGAAGGCGGUGAUGGUGGUGGUGGCGGCAACAGCGCAGCGGCAGAUGAGCCGAUAGAGUGUGGCAGAAGCGAUAACAACGUUUGAUGAGGCGGCCGACGGUGACAGAGGCCGACGGUGACAGCGGUCGAUGGCGGUGACUACGACCAGUGGCGGCAGUAGGGAUGUGGUGGUUGUGCCCUAGGGUAGCAGUUGUGUCAUCUACUUGUUUGUCCACAGUAAUAUUUUGUUUUAUUAUGUUGUUUAAAUAAUUAAUAAAGAAAUCAUGCUAUCAUUAAGGGUAAUUUUGUCACACCCUUAUCUUUAGCUCCUACGAAACCCUCAGGUCUUAUUUUUG